UCUGGGUUUCAAUAUCAUAGAAGAAUACUGCACUGGUAGAAGUAAACAACCAGUUCAAAGAGUGCUCAACAGUAACAUGUAUAUCCAACCGAGGCACAUGUCCAAAAUGUUGACAAGCUAUGAAAGGUUAAAGCAGAAAAAAAUGGAUCAAAACUUAGUACAAUUGAAGGUUGCUGGAGUCAAGAAUGUGCCAAAGUUUUUUUUGGGCUUAAAUCAAAGUGCCAACAUUAAAGUUAAUGAUAAGGAAGAAGUUGACAUUGGGCGUGCAGUUGAUGGUGAUGAAGACGUCAUACUAUUUGAUGGUGAAGAAAGGUUGUGUUCUAAUAAUGACAAUGAUGAUCCUUCGGGGUCUAAAACAAAUGAGGUGAAUGGUACAGGUCCAAGAAAUAAGAAGGAUUGUUCUAGUGCACAACCUCUGAGAAAAUCACAAAGAACUCAAGAACAGGGUGGCAGUACCCAGGGAGCAACCCAAGCUCAGCAGCUUCCCACAUCACCUACUGAACAACUUGACAUGUUUUGCAGCCCACAUACGGUUGUUGGUUGUGUGGAAACUCCUGCAAGCCCUUCAAGAACGUCACAAAAUCUCAAGCGCAAAAGAGGCCCAACCAAGCUGAAAACCAUUGCUAUAGAUGGAAGUAGUCGGAUUGAAGUUAAGUUUGAUGGGAAUGGUGAACCAAUAGGUGAGGGAUCAGUCAAGUUGUCUUCUUUCUUGGGACCUCUAGUUUGAGAGAUUGUAUCAUAUACACUAAAGGAUUGGCGAAAGCUUCCUUCGGCAAUGGCAGAAAUCCUAUGGCAAUCUAUUAAGGUAAGAUCCAAUCUUCAUGAAGAAUGGCAUAGACAAAUGGUUUUCCGGAGAAUGAAUGAAGAUUGGAGAGCCUCAAAGUCGAUAUUAGUAAAAAAAAUAAGAAACGCUUCGAAUGAGGAAGAAAGGCUAAAGCUACAGCCUGAUAACGUCAAAUCGCUACAUGAUUGGAAGGAUUUUGUGAAGGAAAAGACUAGUAAAGAAUUCAAGGUAUGUGCACCCUGUUCAUCCCACUCCACCACUUGAUUCCUGAAAAUGAUGCUGGAAUGAACUCUUGUUUUGUUCAGAUGAUCUCGCUAGUUUUAGCGUACAAAAUAUCUUCAUUUUACUUUGUUUAGAUGAACUACUAAAAUGGUUGUAGCUGAAAAUGCUGCUUUCUUGCUUAUACUUUGUAUCAAUCUCCACAGACGAACACUGAUCAACUACUAAUAAAGAGUGAUUUUGCAAAUCGAGUAUGGAAUCUGGUUUUUUAGAAGUACUUCUUAAAUAAGCAUACUUAGGUCUUCUUUCCCUACCCUCUUUGAUUGUCACUUCUCUUCAUGCCAGCACACCACAAUCACCACCUAUCCUAGCUGAACUGUUACUGCU